AUGAUGGCUGCUGUAAUUGUAAUUGUAAAUGACGCAAAAGGAGGAAGGAACAUAGCUUCCAUAUUUGACUCAUCGCACAUCUACUCGUACAAGGAAGAAGGGUUGGUGGACAACAACGAGAAAACUGCAAGUUUGGAGGAAUGUAUCUGUGGCAGAAUUUUACGGGUGAAAUCUUGA